AUGUACGAGCAAAAUUCGGCAAACACUCAAAGAAGGAAAUCCAUCUCUUCUCUCAAUAGUCAACGUGUUAGUGUUAUAAAAUGGAUUGGAAAAGAAUUCAACGUAAAAAGGUCUUCCACGAGUGACUUGUCGAUUACCGAAGACAAAUCAUCUUUACCAUCGUCAGAUUCGACAGUAGAGAAGAGUAGCAAUGAAGAAAGAAAAUAUCCAUGUUCACUUUGUAAGAAAUCAUUCAAAUGGCCUUCACAUUUGAAAUCUCACGAACGAAUACACACUGGAGAACGACCUUUUCAAUGUGAGAUUUGUGGGAAAACUUUUACCAGAUCUGAUGGUUUACAAUGUCAUAAAGUUAAUCAUAUUACACAAAAUGGCUCAUUGUUUCAUAAAGAUCAAAGACACGCAAAAGAAGGUCCGUUGUUAAAAGCAAAAUAUCCCGAGUGGUCGAGAAAUAAUGAUGAACUUGCAAGACAAAAUAUGUCUACUGAACAAACAAGAUUAUUUUACUGUUCUGUUUGUAAUAGAGUCUUUUUAAGUUCUGUUGGAUUGACAAAACAUUUUCGCGUUCACAAAGGUAAGUCAGUGUUUACGUAUACCAUGCAUUCGUCCUUGUUUGUACAGCGCCUUUCUUAAACAAUUUGUACCACAUUUAAACCAUUGCGUAUAGAAUUCUCUAUGGCAGUGUAGAGCGGUCAACAUUAUUUUUCCCAAUGCCAGUGGAAGAUAGAAUAGUUAUUCGAACUAACCUAAAACUGGCCACGAUUGUUAAGGGUUUUAACAUUUUCUGUCUCGAAUACCUUUCUUGAAAUUAACGUUAUUGACUCAGAACAGUCGGUUAAAGUUCAUCGCCGCGCCCCCGCCACUACAAAAGCAGUAAAGCAAACAGUUCAAAACCAUGCAGGGAUCCAAUCGAUUUUUAAUAACCUCAAUUUGCUCAAGUUAGUCAACGUUUUGUUUCAGAUACAGUUUAAUUUUUCUGGUGGUACUUUUUACAAAACUUUUUAAUUAUGCAUUUUCUAUUAUAUUUGUAACAUAUUUCCAGAUAUGACAGCGAAUUGUAUACGCACUGCUCUAUAAGUUACCAAUAUGUCCGACUAUAUUUCUCGUUAAUGUGUUGAUCCUUAUAAACUCUGCACUUUAUAACUCAGUCAAGCUCGUCGAAUAUAAUUCAUGCUUAUAAUUUUCUGGUGUAUAUGCCCCCGUGUUUAACUAUAUAUUGCCGGUUUCUUGUUUCACUAUACGGCCUCUGCAUAACUAGCGGAGGAGAAGGAGUCUCAUCAGCACUUGAAGACCGCGGGUGCUGCGUGAUAAACAUAGCCAUGCUGGCAUGUUGAAUGCAUUGGAUCGUUGCAUUUAAAGUGUAAAUCAUAUUAUAUUAAAUUGAUCAAAUUUAGUCUCAGACUUUGUAUUUUCUCGGUUGAAAAACAUUCACUAACCCCCCACAUAUCGUUUAUAUAUAGGCUCAUUAGCAAGAUAUAUGUGUAUCUUCAGUGUCUAAAUUGCAACCCAAAAACUUGAUCAUAUAUAUUUUCAUUGUUAGCUACACAUACUUUACUACAUUGUUUACUACGUAUUUUUUCUAGGAACGUCUAACCAUAACUGUGAAGUGUGCAAGAAAAUGUUUACCAAAAGAAGUGCCUUAGAAAUUCACAGCAGGGUACAUACAGGAAUCAAACCAUAUCGAUGUAAUAUUUGUACUAAAACAUUCUCAAUUCAUGGAAAUUUAAAAAGGCAUUUAUUAAUUCAUUCAGGAGACCGACCUUAUAAAUGCUUGCAGUGUUCAAAAUGUUUUAACAGUCCAAACCACUUGAAAAGACAUUUACAAACCAGACACAAGAGAAAUAAAGUAGAUUCUUGUUCAACAAAUUAAUUCUAUAUACAGCUAUUUCAUUAAUUAAGAUUGUCCCCGAGCAAAGCGGAAAAGUCGAAUACGAGCGCGAAAGGCUUGCUGGGAAUCACUAAAAAAGUCGAAUACGAGAGCGAAAGGCUUGCUGGGAAUCGCUAAAAAAAAUUAAUUUUUUAGCGAUUCCCAGCAAGCCUUUCGCGCUCGUAUUCGACUUUUCCGCUUUGCUCG